AUGGUUUGGAGCAAACUUAAUGCCAAGGCUUUACAUAUAAUUCAGAGUUCUUGUGGGGAUGAUACUUAUUCUUUAAUUCGGGGCAUCUACGUGGCCAACGUUGCCUGGAAUACUUUGGCAACAAAGUUGAAGCCAGCUGAAGCAUCAAAAACCACAGAUGAGGAAUCCGAACUUCACACCAACCACACCCUAAUCAGUGGUGAUGCUGGUGUGGAGGAAGACUCUACAAUCGAAGUUCGAGUUGAAGGUAUUGUGUCUUAA